UUGAUUCUGUGUAUAUUUAAAACUAAAUGUCCGUCUGCUAAAAAGCAAGAACGCCCCCUGUUUAGUUACUGAAAGCUAAAGAUUUGUUUAAUUCUAUGACCCAUUCUGUUCCUGCUACUUCUAACACAGCAGAGGCGAGUUGAAAGAGGGGGGGCAGGACUUUAUUUCUCCUCAUGCUUACUUCUCUUUCACAACACUGUUUUUGCUCACUCACUUCCUGUGGGUGAAGUCAUAACCAAACUCGAGACCAUUAUUUCACUGUAAGAACACAUUUUAAGAUUUUCUCUAGUACAGCUAAACUUUUGUGAUUUAGCCUCCAGAAUGAGCUUGUUUUCAGACCCAGAUUCCACUGCUGUGUAAGGAAGCACAACACCUGCUGUGUCGGUGAGUGUGACACCUCUCCUUUAUCUCUGUCAGUACAAACUUUGCAUUGUAAAUGGAAAUGUGUUUAUUGUACAUUUCAGAACUUUGACUUGAAAUUUUUGUCGGCAGCCUUUUACUGUUGCAUCAAGAAUUAGUGACCCUUUGCAAGGCAGCGGUAGCCUACAGGGUGAGUGUAUUUAUGACAGGAAGCAAAUUCAUACUCAGUCAGUGUCUGCAGCAGUUUGAACUCAUCACCAAGACAAUGUGUUGUUGUACAAAGCCGUUACUUUAGUGCUCCAGAACAGUCUGUAGAUGUGUUUACUGUCAUCCUGAAUGCAUGUCGCUGUAAUUAAAGUGGUGAUGCCUCAAGCAAAUGCAGAAAGUAGACCAAGAGCAAGUAAAGCCAACUUCGAUUUCAGACAUCGUUUAUUUUAAAACCUGAAUCAAGCCCAAAUGCCUAAACCAAGUCCUUUAGACAGUUAUUCACUGUAAUGCAUCCCACAGUGCUCUUUCUAAAGCGUUAUCUGGCUUUGCAGUUACGCUUUAAUUAUAUGUAGAAUAUAAGCAAUUUAGGACUAAUGCACUUGAGAUUUUUAGAAAGAUAAUACUCAGUUAUAGAUAGUUCCAUAAAUAUACAUGUCCAUAUAUUACUGUGUAGAUUUACACACAUUUCACCACUUGUGGAUAAAUACAAAAUGCCAUCAUCUGACUGACAUUCUACAUAUAUAUUCUAAGAAUUGUCUGAAGUCAUAGUUAAUUUGUAGUGACACCAUAUCCACGAAACAGCCCCCAUUUGUUUUCUACUUAGUGAGUUUGAGUUAGUUUCUUGAGUUUGUUUUUGGGAUGCAGAUGGACUAACUGAGUUGUCCAGUCUUCUAGUAUGAGUUUUAUUUUUAAACAGAUCCAGGUCAUAUGAGAGGAGUGUCGGUUGUAUUUCAUUGUCUUGAUUGAGUGGGAUGUUGACUCAGAGCACUUGGAUGAUUAAUAUCUGUAAAUGUGAUGCUUUUUCCUGUUGUGGUUAAAGUUUUCUGACAGUUGCCACAGACAUAAAGAGGAUUUUUUGACAUAAGUUCAGUCUCUUUACCUCUGGAUGUUUGUGUGUUCACAUUGCUUGUCUUCAGUGGUCUUGUGUUUUUCUAUAUGUGGAAGAAAAUGACUUCUUGUCUGUUUACUUUUAAGCUGUCAGUUAAUCAGAGAUGAAACCUCUGCGUGAGGAUGGCUCUGAGAUGUUUCCGCAGUGCCCAACGAGGAAGUGUAGAAAUAAUUCUGUGGUCAAACCCUGUUGGUUUUGUGUAAAAGGAAGAGCGCAGAGUCGAGCUGAAGAAGAAGCCAGAAAAGCACGUCAUACCCAAAAUGUUUAUCGGAAGGGUUUGGACUGAAUGCGAGGAUGGGACAUACUUUAUUUUGUGAGCUGUGGUUCUUCUUGCUCUUCACACUCCUCACCAAUGGACACACUCAAGAUGCUGUGCUGAUGACUGACCCCAUCUGGUCCAGUUAUUUUGUUGGAGAGUCUGUUACCUUCAUAUGUGACAUGAACGACGGAGGAGAUGCUGAGUGGGAAUAUAAGAUCAACAAGGAUGGACAAGAAGUUUUUUCGUACCGCACAUUGAAACUCAGAACAUUAGAUCGUCUGUCUACAUAUGACAGUGGUGAAUAUCAGUGUGUUGGUCGCAGGAAGAGCUCACAUGAAACAAAGAACAGUAACACUGUCUCUUUAAGUGUUUCAGUUAAAGCCAGCGCCACACUGACAGCAGGUCCAACAACCAUAUCAGUAGGAGGCAAUGUGACACUGACCUGCUCUGUGCAGAACUCUGAUGGAUGGAAAUAUUACUGGUACAGACGUACUCAGGUUACCACUUCUGUUCCAGUGGAUCCAGUUAGAGUAGAUGAUGAACAAAAAAGAGUUAUCAGGGUUUCACAAGGAGGCAUCUACUGGUGUUUAGGAAGAAGAGGAAAACCAGUUUACGACACUAUUUCAAGUUAUGAGGUCACCAUUGUGAUAACCUUUUCCAAUGACGUUGUUCUAACACAACAACCACACUGGCCUCAGUUAUUCAGUGGUGAAACAAUCACUCUGACAUGUGAGGUCCACGGAGGUGGAACCACUGAGUGGGUGUAUGAAUGGAGAGGACAUGGGUCAUAUGUACCAUGGACAGACAAUAAUUACCAGACAUUCGGUGUUUCUGAGUCCAGCAGUGGAGACUACAUGUGUAGAAGCAGACCCAGAGAUGACUCCUAUUCUUCAACUCAGUGGAGUAAAGCCGUCACAUUGUCAGUAUCAGAAGCCAAAGCUGUCCUCACUGUGUCUCCAUCAUGGCUGAGUCCUGGAGCCUCAGUAACUCUGAGCUGUCAGGUUGAACAUCCGUCUGCAGGAUGGAGGUUCUACUGGUAUAAGGCUGUUCCUGAUCUAUCAGACAACUCCUACAGUUAUGAGCUGCUGCCUGGUAGCAGCAACGGGACUGAAGAAGAUUCCUACAUUGUUGAUGGACAGACACAGACAGCAGGAUAUGCAUGUAGAGCUGGAAGAGGAGACCCAGUGCAUUACACUGAUGAGAGUGAACCUCAGUUUGUCUGGUCUGGAG